CAAGAUAAAUCAUUUAUUUGUGAAGAAUGUGGUAAAUUGUUCACCUUGAAAAGCAGUCUGAAGAGACACAUGAACAAACAUGCAUUGGUAGGAAAAUGUUACCAGUGUAGUGAAUGUGGAAAGACAUUUUCCAUCAAAUGCAGCCUGAGGAGACACUUUCAAAAUAAGCAUAAACCAUUUAAAUGUUUCAUUUGUGGCAACACAUUCGGCCACAGCAGCAGUUUACAGAGACAUCUUAAAACUCAUGCCGAGCUUGGAGAAGGGUCUGAAGAGAAGGUCAUUCAAUGUGAAAUUUGUAGCGAGACCUUUAACCAGUUUUUUAAUCUUCAGAAGCACAUCAUGGAACAUACAGGGGAGAAGCCCUUUAAAUGCACAUACUGUGAGAAAUCCUUUUUUGAAAAUGGCCACCUUACACAACAUAUUCGAACGCAUACUGGAGAAAAACCUUAUCAAUGUGAAUUCUGUUCCAAGUCCUUUAGUCAAGGAAGCAGUCUGCGAAUUCAUAUGAAGCUUCACACCACUACAGUAGAUGACAGACAAUACACCUGUAUGAUCUGUAGCAAGAAUUUCAGCAACUUCGGAAAUCUACAGCGUCAUAUUGUCAAACAUUCUGGCCUCAGACCUCAUCAGUGUGACAUCUGUGACAAGACAUUCAUGGAGAAGUGCCACUUAGAAAAUCAUCGGGUACUUCAUACUGGUGAAAAAAACCAUGUCUGUCAAUACUGCAGUAAAGCAUUCUCACACUGCGGAAACUUGCGUCAACACAUUCGCACGCACACAGGAGAGAAACCACACGUUUGUGAAAUCUGUAACAAAGCCUUCGGUGAAAACAGUAAAUUAAAGGAACAUUUUAAAAUUCACACUGGAGAAAAAAACUUUCAUUGUGAUGUCUGUGAUAAGUCUUUUGGACAGAAUGGUGGAUUGAGACGUCACAUGAGACAGCAUACCGGAGAGAAACCUUACGAGUGCAAUGAAUGCGACAAAAUCUACGCUCAUUCCCACUCUCUAGCUAAACAUAAAGCACAUUAUCAUACUAAUGUUGAAGUUCUUAUUCAGUGAGCACAUCAACAUUUCAAAAUAGCAAAUCCUUUAAGUUGCGAUGCUUUCUUAGAUGUUUAUCGAAAGCAAAGUAUAUCUUUUGUUAUUGAUCUAAAAAUAAAAAAAUUAUCAGCACACUGAAUGCCAUUCUGCCACUGGGUUUUUCAACUCAGUGUAUAAGAUUCUACAUGGCAUGUAAUAUCAUUAUAAAAUUGUGUUUUAUUAUAGUGCAAUUUCUUGUUAGUGUUUUAACUAUUGUCUUAUGUUGUGUUUGUUUGAAUCUAUUUGAUUAUGGGUAUCUGCAAUAUAUAUACUUGCUAGCCAUUGUGAAAGUUGCUGAAAUUAAAAAUGAAUUUUUAAUUGAAAUAUAUUAAAUAAGUUAACUUCAAAGGUUACAUGGAAGUAAAUUUUACAAAUAUUGAGGGCUAUAUCUUUAUAUUCCUUACAAUUUGUGUAUAUUUUAAAUGUACCUGUUUAUGUCAUAAUGUAAUAUUAUACUUA